CGGAUUUAAAACCGAACCGAAAAUUGUUCAAGAUGCUGUGAAAAACAGUGAACUCACAUGGAUCAAGAUUCUUCCUUUAAGCUCUCUUGCAUUGUUGCAGAUUCCGCAGCUUUUAUAAGAAAUGUUGAUCUUCAAAGUCUUGGUAAAAGAAUAUUUACUAUAGGUGAAGUUAUAGACGAGAUUAGAGACUGUGCUACAAAGCAAAGACUUUCAGUUCUUCCUUACGAAAUCGAAUUUCGCGAACCUUCAUCAGAAUGUCUUAAAUUUGUUAGUGAAUUUUCAAAGAAGACUGGAGAUUUUAAAAGUUUAUCAGCAGUUGACUUAAGAGUAAUUGCUUUAACAUAUCAGCUGGAAAAAGAGUUUUGUGGUGUUGAUCAUAUUCGAAGUGAGCCAACUAAAAAGUGUGUUGUUGUUCCUAAAGGAAAAUUGUCUGAUAAAGAAAUUAGUGGUUUUUUUAUUGAGAAAAAGGUGAAAGUUUCUGGAAAAAAAAAUGAUGUUAACUGCAAAAUUUUAACAAGUGCCAAUAAUAGUAUAAAUGUUAAUAAUGAUCAGAAUUUUAACAGUCAAAGUGAUAAUGAUCAGAAUGAUGAUGAUCAAAACGAUAAUGGAGAAUCAAUAGAAGAUCAAAGUGAAGAAUUCAUAAAAAAUCAAAAUAAUUGUUUUGAAGAUGAAUUUGUUGAGAAUGCUGAAGAUGAUAAUAACAAUGAUGAUGAUGAUAGUGGGUGGAUUACUCCACGAAAUAUUGAAAAAAUUAAGGAAAAGAUGGACAAUGGGGAUGAAGUUCGAUUAGAGGAUGCAAAUAUUAAAUGUGCUUGUUUAACUACUGAUUUUGCAAUGCAGAAUGUUAUGAUUCAAAUGGGUCUGCAUGUUGUGUCAGUUAAUGGAAUGUUAAUACGACAUGCUAGAAAUUAUAUUCAGAAAUGUUAUGGGUGCUACAAAGAAACUCAUAAUAUGGAAGAAACAUUUUGUCCAUCUUGUGGUAAUAAAACAUUGCUAAAAGUUUCUGUUACAAUAGACAGUGAUGGUACUGUACAAUAUCAUUAUCCUAAACGUGGGCGAAACUUCAAUAUUAGAGGAACGAAGUUUUCUAUCCCUAUUCCAAAGUCUGGCCGUCACAACACAGAUAAUGUAGUUCUUUGUGCAGAUCAACAUAUUAAAACAGAUCGUCUUCCGAAGCGUAGGGAUAAAAUCAACCCACUUGAUCCAGAUUAUGAGGCGAGAGUUUCUCCUUUUUCAAUAAAUGACACGACUAGUAGGGCGUUUAUUGUUGGUGCACAUGUUAAGAAUACGAGAGGAAGAAACCCGAAUGAAGCAAAAAAGAAAAGUCGUAAAAAGUAGCGGAAAAAAAUAUUUAAAAAUAUCUAGCAUAUUUGUAAAUAUCUAGCAUAAAAAUA